GAUUAUUUGAACAGCUUGUGAGUAACAGCUUUUUAAAAGAAGAAUAAAUGCUGUUUUAAAGUUGUUUUUUUUUGUUUUUUUUUUGUAUAUUGGGAUUGGGAAAUCUUACCAAAAGGAUGGCCAGCUCAAAUGGGAAAGUGGAAAAGGUUUCUAAAUUUGAGACGCUGAAACUUUUGGAGAAAUGCAGAAAGGAAAGAGACGACGCCAUGCACAGGGAAAGUGUCCUCCGAGAGAAACUGAGGCAGUACGAGUCCAGGAUGCGAACAACUGAGGCUCUGAAACAGAAAUGGAAGACUUUGACGAUGGACAACAAGGAGCUGAGAAAACAAGUGAAGUCUCUUCGUACCGAGAUUGGACUGGAGUGCAGCCCAACGUUCAAUGGAAAGACCACAAAGGACAUAAUCAUCGACUUGUGUGAAAAGGAGCGCGAGUGCAGUUCUCUGGUGGACAAGGCUGGGAAACUGAGUAUAACCAUUGAUGAUUUGACAUCAGAGCUGGCAAACACAGUCACCUCUAAAACACUGCUGGAGGAUCAAGUGCAGUCACUGCAGCAAAAUCUCAAGGAUAUGACAAAUAACCAGCGGCGUCUGCUAAAGCUGUGGGAAGACAAGAAGGUGCAGAGGGAGCAGCUCGCCCUCCCUGCAAUCAACCAGAAACACGGACAGAAAGCAGUCAUCCACAAAGCUGUUCAAACUGAGAUGUCCGUCGGCUCAUCACAAAAGCUUCCGGUCAACGCCUUUGAGACUAAGCCAUUUGUUCGGGAACAUGACAGAAAGACUGUUUUGGAGAAACACAGCUUUCCAACUUACGGAAAUGUCUAUCAUAAUGAUAAGAAAGUGUUUAUGCAUGAUGAAACUAAAGGAAUUCAAAACUGACUUCAGCUACUUACACUCUAAAUAAAGAAAAAGCAGCUUAUAAAUCAUCACUGGACUUUUAUUAAACAUGACUGAAACUGAUAAAUCACGA